ACAAUCGAUCUCCGGCUGCAGUCCGGCGAAGCGCUCGACCAUGGCGGACAAGACGAAGGUGGCUGCUGCAGAGCAGUACUAUGCACCUCCACCGGAUCUUGGAAAAUGGGAGUCUUUCAGGAUCUUCAUAUACAACUCGGAGACAGGCCAGUUUCUGGGCCGCACGGGGUCCAGCUGGGCGAAGAUCCUGUUAUUCUACGUGAUCUUUUAUGCAGUCCUGGUGGGCUUCUUCACCAUCAUGCUAGUCAUCUUUUUCCAGACCCUUGACAAUAACAAACCCAAGUGGCAGAUGGAAGGCUCCCUUAUCGGAAAUAAUCCAGGAAUGGGUUUCCGGCCGCUACCUGAUACAGACAACGUUGAGAGCACGCUCAUCUAUUACAAGGCCAACGACAAAGGAUCAGUGCUCAAGUGGGCUAAAGUCAUCGAUGAUUUCCUGCAGCCUUACCGCAAGAAGGGCAGCGGAAGUGGCGAGACAGCGGGUGCAGAGAACCGCGUGGCGUGCACCCCAACUGCUGGACCCGUGGGCGAGAAGCAAGUGUGCGACGUACCAGUCGACGACUUCCACCCCUGCACCUCGGGAAAUCAGUACAACUAUGAGGAGGCUGGACCCUGUGUGUUUCUCAAACUUAAUAAGAUCUUCAACUGGGUCCCGAAGCCGUACAACACCACGGAGGACCUGCCCGGUAACAUGCCCGAGGACCUCAAGCAGCACAUCAAGAUGGUCGCUGGCAAACCAGAAUCAAAUACAGUGUGGGUGUCGUGCGAGGGCGAAAACCCAGCAGACGUAGAGAACAUUGGGCCUGUGCAGUACAUUCCGCGGCGUGGCUUCCCUAACUUCUACUACCCAUUCACCAAUAAGGAGGGUUAUCUGAGCCCGCUCGUCGCUGUCCUCUUCGAGAAGCCCAGGACUGGGGUGCUUAUCAACAUCGAGUGCAAGGCGUGGGCGAAGAACAUCGUGUACGACCGCUACGAGAGGCGCGGUUCAGUGCACUUCGAGUUGAUGGUCGACCGCUCCUAGGCAGCUCCAAUUGGCCGCGCAGCUCGCCAAGUUACCGCCUAUUGGCCAGCGAUGUAGUCAACUAACCACGCGUUGGUGGCCACAAUCAAGGGCAGCGUCAGCUGGCCGCCAUUUGCUUGAAAACC